CCCUCCUUUGCUCCUUGCUUCUCUGUGGGAGACUGAAUAGGCUCCAGAGAUGGAUCUGUCCUACAGAUCCACCAUCUCCAUCUAUAAGAGUAUCCUGGAGCAGUUCAACCCUGCGCUGGAGAACCUGGUGUACCUCGGGAACAACUACCUGCGUGCCUUCCACGCAUUAUCCAAAGCAGCCGAGGUGUAUUUUAAGGCAAUUGAGAAGAUUGGGGAGCAAGCACUGCAGAGUUCCACCUCUCGCAUGCUGGGUGAAAUUCUGAUGCAGAUGUCGGACACGCAGAGACUACUGAGCUCUGAUUUGGAAGUUGUGGCUCAGACCUUCCACGUGGACCUCCUGCAGCACAUGGAGAAGAACAGCAAAAUGGAUGUGCAGUUUAUCAGCGAGAGCCAGAAGCAGUAUGAGCUGGAAUACCAGCGAAGAGCCACCAACCUGGAUAAGUGCAUGGCAGAGCUGUGGAGAAUGGAGCGGGCUCGUGACAAAAAUGCCCGGGAGAUGAAGGAGAAUGUGAUCCGACUGCGCUCGGAGAUGCAGGUGUUCGUUUCUGAGAGCCAGAGGGAGGCUGAGCUGGAGGAGAAACGCCGCUACCGCUUCCUGGCUGAAAAGCACCAGAUGCUCUACAACACUCUCCUCCAGUUUUACAGCAGGGCUCGGGGCAUGAUCCAGACCAAGGCACCACGGUGGAAGGAGCAGCUAGAAGCCAGCCGUAACCCCUCAAGCAGCCACUCACAGGGGCUGCUCUCAGCCUCCCACGGCCAGGGGUAUCCAUCAGGACGGCUCACGCCCACCCACCACGAGAUGCCCCAGAGACCCCUUGGAGACUUGACUUCUUCUGUGACUGGGAGUAGGUCCAGCAUCUUCUCUCCAGACCCUCCAGAAAUGAGAAUGUCUCCCCAGCCAGAGUCGUCCAGGUGGCCACUGCGGAGGACACCAUCAGCAGCCAGUUUGCUCCCUACGGGCCGUACGUCCCGUUCAGGUUCCUUCGGUGAGGCCAGCAGUGGCAGCGAGGGCAGAAAGAGAAGUGGCACAGCAAGAGUUCAGGCCAUUGUGCCCCACACAACGGGUGCCAACCGGACCCUGCUGCGGUUCGAUCCCGGGGAUGUCAUCACGGUGCUGAUGCUGGAGGCGCAGAACGGCUGGCUCUACGGCAAACUGGAGGGCUCAUCCACGUGUGGUUGGUUCCCUGAAGCUUAUGUCAAGCCUUUGGAGAAUACAAGGGAGAUGGAAGAGCCAGAUACCAGGUCCUUCCCACUGCGAAGCAGCCACAGCAUGGAUGACAUCCUGGACCGUCCCAGCACGCCGUCCUCCAGCAAUUACUGGCCUGUUGCUGCCCAGCCCAGCUUGCCAAGCCCACCUCCCCUCUCAGUGGGUGCCAGCAGUCACCAGAGUGGGGUGGCCGCCCCAGGCAAUGCUGGCUCCAAGAAAUCAGGAGUAUUUGACCAGCCCCCUGAACUCUUCCCACGAGGUACCAACCCCUUUGCCACAGUCAAGCUGCGCCCCACAGUCACCAAUGACCGCUCGGCACCCAUCAUCCGAUGAAACAGGGCUGUGGGCAGUGAAGAAUUUCAGCAGAGAAGGAGGAGGAGAAGUGAUUUCCAGCUG